AUUUGCUUGCCUAUAGGAUUCCAUUUCGAGAGACCUACCUAUCGAUUAACAGGCGACACACUAAUUUUGUCGCCGUUUCUAUGACGACUGACGAAGUUGUGAAAAUAAUAGAUAACGGUUCAUAUGAAAAUGUAUACACUUUGUCAAGCAAAAUGGUUUUCGUAAUAAAACGAAAUUCUGUCGAUGUAUCGAACGGGAAGUUUACAGUGCAGUAUCUAUACAGCACCUAUGAAAAGUUGUAAACACACCUGUGUGUAUCGUUGGACCUGCACUCAGGGAUGUAAUUAUUGAAAUAUGGAUUUUAAACAGUUGUAGACUUUUUGAGUGGGAAUAUUUGAACAUCUGCUGAUGCAAGGUAUUUAGUUUUACGUUAACAAAUCGUACAAGAAGGCAGCUCCAUCAAAUCAAAGUUUAUACAUCUACAUGCCAGUAUGAGCCGAGAUUAUCCAUUUCCGAUGUCUACUUGUAAUGAUGCAAUCAAUUAGUUAUUGAUUCUCUGUCCUAAGUGUUAUGGAUGGAGACACCACCAUGAACGUUGACAGACCUUCCAUUGAUCCACCAAAAGCACUCAAUGGGACAAUACUGGCACAUCACAAUGGCGAUAUUUUUUGCGUGGAAACAGAGAGCAAAAACAAUACAGGGAGAAAAAACAACACAGACAGCAAAAACAAUACGGAGAGCAAAAACAACAUGGGGGAGGUGAAAAAAGAGAACAAUGAUGGUGACUCUGGUGUGAGAGUCAGUUAUACAGGGUCCAGUAAACAUUCUGAUAAGAUACAAUCGCAGAAUAGCAAGCAGUCCCUAAAAGAAUACUUUAACAUCAAAUCGUUGGGGAAAGUCUCUCCGUUGCCAAUCUCCCCGACGUCCACCACUCGAAAGUCUGCUUGGGAGAAAGUGCAGGAGAGAUUUGAGGCAGAGAAUAAGAAGAAACAAUCUAAACUGAAGAAUAAACAUUUGGAGGAGGAGAAUAUGCUGGACAAGGAAAACUGGUUUAAUAAGGCAACGAUUAAACAGGUGUUCAAAAGCAAACGAUUUAAGAACCCAAAGCUGGAAAAUUUAUACCAAAGAUAUUUCUUCAAGCUGAAUCAGUACAAUCUGUCCAUUCUUAUAGCCUUACUAUGUGUGAUAGCCAUUUUGUUGAUUAUAUUUUACUACAUAAGCGGGGGUGUCAUGCCAGUAAGGGGUGUCUGCCUAGGCAUCAUCGUUACGAUCUUCAUAUUUAUUGAAAUUCUGUGCAACCGAAGUUCGUUUGACCAGUACCAGGCCCAGUUGGUGUGUUACGGGGUCACCGUGAUUCAGGCGGGGUUCAUUUCUGUGAUAACUAGUGACACGCAGCCUCGGUCCGUGAUGGACAGCCUGUGGUGCGCACUGUUGUUCGUGUACCUGACUUACACGUUCCUUCCCGUGCGAAUGCGGAUUGCAGUCAUUAGUGCUAAUAUCGUCACUGUACUGCAUGUCAUUAUCACUGUAGCCAGAAAUCAUGACAGUCCUUUAGUCUGGAAACAGAUCCUGUGCAAUAUUUGCCUGUUUGCGUGCGUGAACCUGGCAGGGGUGUUCACUCACUAUCCCACUGAGAUCGCUCAGAGAAAGGCGUUCCUCGAGACGCGGCGAUGCAUCGAGGCUCGUCUUACCACCCAGCGGGAAAAUCAGGAGCAGGAGCGUUUGUUGCUGUCUGUUCUGCCGCGACACAUCGCCAUGGAAAUGAAGGCUGACAUCGCCGGCAAACCCAAAGACACAAUGUUCCACAAGAUCUACAUACAAAGACAUGAGAAUGUCAGUAUCGUGUUUGCAGACAUGUGUGGUUUCACCCAGCUCUCGUCCCAAUGUACAGCCCAGGAAUUGGUUCAGCUACUUAACGAGAUAUUUGCGCGCUUUGACUGCCUGGCUGCCGACAAUCACUGUCUCAGGAUCAAGAUCCUGGGUGACUGCUACUACUGCGUGUGUGGGGUGCCAGAGGCAAGGGUGGACCACGCCCAGUGCUGUAUAGACAUGGGGCUCGACAUGAUAGAGGCCAUCUCACUGAUCCGCAAUGUGACAGGCACAGAGGUGAACAUGCGGGUCGGUAUCCACACUGGGCGCGUGCAUUGUGGUGUGCUGGGUCUGCGCAAGUGGCAGUUUGACGUUUGGUCCAAUGAUGUGAACUUGGCCAACAGCAUGGAGGCAGGCGGCCUACCCGGGCGUGUUCACAUCACUGAGGAGACGUACAAGUACCUGAACGGGGACUUUGAGGUCGAGGAGGGGCGUGGUGGGGAGAGGAACCAGUUCCUGCGCGACAACAACAUCAAGACCUACCUCAUCAAGAAUGGGCAGCAUCGUGAGAGAGAGAAGAUGUCAAGCAGGAAUGGUACAGCACAGCAGCCCGCAGACAACAUGAGCAAGGGAAUGAAGACCAUGGGCUUCGGUCAGGACGCGAACGCCAACAUACACAACAAGCUAGGUCUGGGGAAGGACAAAAUAAAGGACCCUGAUGAUGAAGUGAAUGAGUAUCUGGGUCGCGCCAUCGAUGCCCGCAGCAUUGACAGGCUGCGCUCGGAUUAUGUGAAACCCUUCUUACUGACGUUCAGGAAGACGGAACUGGAAGAUAGGUUUUGCCGAGUGCGAGACACUAUGUUCACAACUCAUCUACUCUGCUCCUUGCUGUUGCUGAUACUGAUAUGUGUUCUACAGCUUAUCAUAGUACCAAGCACGGUAGUCAUGGCAACACUGUAUCCAGUGAGCUGUAUCCUCAUCACAUUCAUGCUGGUCCUGGCACGAUCGGAGACAUUCCGAUGUACACCGAAGGGACUCAGGACCAUUGCUACCAAGAUUGCUCUCACCAGAUGGCUGCGCCAGAUUUUUCUGGUGGUUUCUGUGAUAGUCGUGUACUGCGUUGCCUUUGGACCAAUGCUUCUGCUAGACUACACGAGCCUGAAGACAUGCCUGUCCAAGUUCUACAAUAUCUCAGAGGAAGGGCUCAACAUCUCUCUCAUCCAUGGCGCCAACAUCUCCGUACAGAGUGAUGUCUCCCUUUGUAAUCCACAUCUUGAGACCUUGCAUUUCCCGGAGUACAUCACCCUGUGCGUGUGUGUGGCCCUGGUGAGCAGUGCCGUGUAUGUGCACAGUUCGAGCAUCGUGAAGCUUCUGUUGCUGCUAGUGCUGUCGGCCGUGUACCUCAUCAUGGUAGAGUUCGAGUACUACAGCAUCUUUGACAACAGGGACAUGAUGCUUCGAGCCAAUGUGGGAUUGGAGCUGAAUGCAAGUUCCACCAACAUAGCCUUGAAAUGGGAGACAAUAGUGGUGCUAGUGGUGUUCUCAUUUUUCCUGUUCAUUCACGCUCAGCAAGUGGAAUCCACUGCUAGACUGGACUUCCUCUGGAAAGUUCAGGCGACAGAUGAGAAGGAGGAGAUGGAGAGCCUGCGCGCGUACAACCUGAAGCUGGUGGCUAACAUCCUGCCUUUGCACGUGGCCCAGCACUUUCUGAAGAAUGCAGGCAAGAAGGAUGAGGACAUGUAUUACAAUGACUGCGAGUUCACCUGUGUAAUGUUUGCGUCCAUUUCCAACUUUUCGGAGUUCUACAUUGAGCUCGAGGGCAACAAUGAGGGAGUCGAGUGUCUGCGUCUGCUCAACGAGAUCAUCGCAGACUUUGACGAGAUCUUAGAAAACAACAGAUUCAAGUGCAUAGAGAAAAUCAAAACCAUAGGCUACACGUACAUGGCUGCCAGUGGCCUGACGACGGAGACGAGCUUCUCUGACAUGAGUCACGUGGUGGCACUCACAGAGUACGCCUUCAGUAUCAAGGAACAGCUGAGUGAGGUCAACCAGCACUCCUUCAACAACUUCAAAAUGAGAAUAGGCAUGAAUGUGGGUCCAGCCGUUGCUGGGGUGAUUGGUGCUAAGAAGCCUCACUAUGAUAUCUGGGGAAACACUGUCAAUGUGGCCAGUAGGAUGGACAGCACAGGAGUGCCAGACUGUAUACAGGUGACGCAGGACAUGUACAACAUCCUCGAGCCCCUUGGGUACGUACUUGAUUGCAGGGGCAUGGUUAAAGUCAAGGGCAAGGGGGAGAUGGUGACCUACUUUCUUGUGGACCGGCCUGUAUACAGCUGAACUACAUCACAACCAGCGAGUGUACCAGUCUCUAUCUGGAGAGACAGCUGUGUAUGAGCCACAGUCUGGGAAGACUAGGCUUACUGCUUAUUUGUGUGUCAGCCCAAAUAGUCAGGGACGACAUUUUCCGCUUUUAUGGAAUAUUUCGUUUAAAGGAGAUCUCUUCUAAACGAGAAUCCCAGUGUAGGUGGACAGUGCUGUCCCUGAUUAGCCUGUGUGGACUGAACAUCUGGAAAAGCAAAUGCAAAAAGACCGGUUUUCAGAGAAUGUGGCACAUAUAAUGGAUUGGAUGAUGCUUAUCUGCUACUGUGUGACCAGCAAGUUGUUAUGUCAAGGAUAGAGUGCACUUUAUCACAUUCUAUAUGCACCAUGAGUGCCUGCUAGUUGCUUUAUUCUCUAUACAGCCUGCUUUACAGACUUGAACUGCAUCAGGACUCGCGUCAUACAUAUGUGCCUGCUAGUUGAUAUAUCAUCUUAGAUGCUAUGUUGCAAGGUAUUUGCUUUAUAAUAUGUUACCCAGAGAUUGACAGUCAAGUGUUUGGAAGGUGCUAAAAUAUUUGGCAAAGUAUAUGAACAGAAAUCCAUCAUUUUAUAUGUCUUAAUUACAUAAUAUUUUUCAAGGUAAAGUUUGCAGGGGUGUGAUGGAUAUGGUGUCAGCCGUGGGACCAAGAGUUCCUGGGUUCGAUACUGGAUUUAAUCAAAAUAACCUUGAAUCCUGUACUUGUAGAGGGUUGGGAAGUGUAUCUUUUGCUUUAUCUUUACUAUUAUGAAAUCAUUACUUAUAUCAAUAUAUGUUACAUUCCUUUUAAAAUAAAGUUAACAUAAUACCACUUUCCUACUUAGAAACCAAAGUGAAAACGGCUAUGUGCAAACAGCAUAAAACCAGAACAUCCUGCAAGUAACUCGCAGUCUGUUCAGGUUUAAUGCUGUUUGCUGCUCAUCUGAGUAUCUAAGGUUUGGAGAUUAAGCCUUAAAAACUUGCAAGAAACUAGUAAAAAAGUUCUUAAACUAAAUGUAACUUUCUAAUGGACUACAAAUGCGUGAAAACACGUAUCUAAGUGGGACAGGGAUACAUAAACUUCUUCUGGCAGAAAAUUGUUCUUGAGGCCAAGUAACUGUGUGACUAAUAAUGUGGUCACUGUUGGUUUUAUUGUUUUUUAAAUAAAAAUAAUUAUUGUAAAGUGCCUAUGAAAGCAUUCUAGUUUUCAUUAUAAGGAUCAUUUGUACAUUUAUCUUUUUAUUGUGUCAGUGUGUGAAAGGAAUAUUGUUUUUUUUUUAAUUUUUGGAAAUGUAAAUAUGAUGACAAUCAGGGUUGUGCAAUGUUUGUUGUUUUUAGCUCGGCUGUUUUCGGAGAAAACCCGAUGUAUUGUCUUCGUGUCUUCUGCCGUCUGCGUCGUGCUACAACCUUGACAUUUUGCUCUCAAAUCAAGUUCUUCAACCUACAACUUUGAAACUUCAUAUGUAGAUGCACCUUGAUGAAUUCUACAUGGCACACCCAUUUUAGGGUCACAAGGUCAAAGGUCAAGGUCACUGUGACUUAAAAAAAAAUAAAUAAAUAAUUCUGACAAGCUUUCAUUUAUUUAAAAACUGCUACCUCAGCGGAACGUUGGUACCUGUUAUGCGUUGCUCUUUCUCUUUCCACCUUGUUAUUUUGAUCUAUUGUACAGUAUAUGUCUAUAAAUGUUUUGCAAAAUUGUUUUUUUUUUAAUAUUUAGUUUAAAAUUUUCAAAAUUGUUUUCAACUCUCGGAUCAUUUAAAAAUUUUCAAUGCACUUACAAGGGACAUUCUAUCUAAUUUUAGUUAGAUUCAUUGCUUUGAAAGCAAGUGUGUUUAUAAGAAAUGCAUUUAAUAAUAGAUUUUGUUUGAAAAUGUUAGGUGACAAUGGCAUUAUACUCUACUAAUGCUUGAUGGACUGUGACUUGAAAACCAUUAGUGCAGGGCUGGUGUUCACAAAACCACUUAAGCAAAUCUUAACUUAAGCUGUUCUCAGACUGUCAGCUCUAAUUUGCUGUAUGAAAUCCAGCUCUAAUUUACUGUAUGAAAUCCAAUGUUUGCUAAAUACAAAAGAACGAACUGUUGAUUAUUUUAGCAAUAUUUACUUCUUCACAACAUGGUAUUAAGAGAUGAAAAUAUAUAUGAACGGAAAUUGAAGGAAUUUUAUUAAUUUAGCCUCGAUCUUUGAAAAGGGGGUUUAAUGCAUGUGCGUAAAGUGUCAUCCCUGAAUAGCCUGUGCAAUCCACACAGGCUUAUCAGGUAUGACACUUUCCGCCUCAACUGGAUUUUCAUCAAGAAGAGUAUUUCUUUAAACGAAAAAUACAAUAAAAGCAGAAGUUUCUUCACUAAUUAGCCUGUGCAAUUAAUCUGAGACGACACUUUAGGAACCUGCAUUAAACCCCCUUUUUCACAGAGAAAGGCUGAAUUCUGUUAGGUUUAACCUUAGGAGCUCUAUGAUCUUCGUCUGUACAGCAUUUUGAACUACUCAUUUGUUUCAAGCUUUCCCACUCAGAGGCAAAGUGAAAAUGGCUAUGUUAAAACUGCAUGAAACCAGAACAGCCUGCGAGUAACUUGCAUUCUGUUAAGGCUUUAUGCUGUUUGCUGCUCAUCAGUAUCUCAGGUUUUGCAAUGAAGCCUUUAAAACUUGAAUCUAGUAAGAAAGGUCUGUAAUUAAAUUUAACUUUCUAAGGGACUACAAAUGUGUCAAAAUACGUAUCUAAUUGGUAAAGGGUUAAAGCUUUCACAGUAUGUACCAUAUAUCAGAAGUUUGUUAAAUAUGCACACCCUCUAAAUACAUAAAUAUAUAUCAUGGAUGUUGAUACGUUUAUUGAAGAAUGUACAUAUUUAUGAUAAGAAACAUAGCUAUCAGUUUUUAAAUUAUCUACCAACUGUGUGGUUUGUGAUCUGACUUCAUUAGUGUGUUUUUGAUAGAUAUCACUGUUGAAAUCAAACAUACAGAUUUCAGAGACUCUUAUCAUAGAGCAGUUAUAUGAGGUUACACUAUAUUUCUUUUUAUUAUUUGUUUGUCUUAUUCAAUAUAACUUUGUUGUAUACAAACAUUUUAAGUGAUCGAUUUUAAUGUAAUCAUUUUACAUCAGAAGAAUUUUUUAUGCCCCCGGUAGGGUGGCAUAUAACAGUUGAACUGUCUGUCAGUCAGUCUGUCCGUCCGAAAACUUUAAUGACCAUAACUUUUUCAAUAUUGAACGUAGCAACUUGAUAUUUGGCAUGCAUGUGCAUCUCAUGGCGCUGCACAUUUUGAGUGGUGAAAGGUGAAGGUCAAGGUCAUCCUUCAAGGUCAGAGGUCAAAUAUAUGGCAUCUGUCCGUCCGUCCGAAAACUUUAACAUUGGCCAUAACUUUUUCAAUAUUGAAGAUAACAACUUGAUAUUUGGCAUGCAUGUGUAUCUAAUGGAGCUAAACAUUUUGAACGGUAAACAGUGAAGGUCAAGGUCAUCCUUCAAGGUCAAAGUUCACAUAUAUGGCGUCUUUCCGUCUGUCCGAAAACUUUAACAUUACUUUUUCAGUAUUGAAGAUAGCAACUUGAUAUUUGGCAUGCAUGUGUAUCUCAUCAAGCUGCACAUUUUGAGCGGUGAAAAGUGAAGGUCAAGGUCAUUCUUUAAGGUCAAAUAUCAAAUAUAUGGCGUCUGUCUGUCCGUCCGAAAACUUUAACAUUGGCCAUAACUUUUUUCAAUAUUAAAGAUAGAAAUUUGAUAUUUUUUAUGCAUGUGUAUCUCAUGGAGCUGCACAUUUUGAAAGGUGAAAGGUCAAGGUCAUCCUUCAAGGUCAAAAGUCAAAUAUAUGGCAUAUAUCUGUCCAUCCGAAAACUUUAACAUUCGCCAUAACUUUUUAAUGCCCCUGGAGGGUGUCAUAUAGUUUUUGAACUGUCCGUCAGUCCAUCCGUCUGUCUGUUGGUCAGUUAGUCUGUCGGUAAGUCAGUCUGUCCGUCUUUCCGUCUGAAAACUUUAACAUUGCCCAUAACUUUUGCAAUAUUGAAGAUAGCAAGUUGAUAUUUGGCAUGCAUGUGUAUCUCAUGGAGCUGCACAUUUUGAGUUAUGAAAGGUGAAGGCCAAGGUCAUCCUUCAAGGUCAAAGGUCAAAUAUAUGGCUUCAAAGGGGCGCAGAAGGGGGCAUUGUGUUUCUGACAAACACAUCUCUUGUUUUUUUUUUCAUUUUUUGGUUAAAUAAUGUCAGUGUAUUUUUAUGUCCCCCACUAUAGUAGUGGGGGACAUAUUGUUUUUGCCCUGUCUGUUGGUCUGUCUGUUGGUCUGUUGGUCUGUCUGUUUGCGCCAACUUUAACAUUUUGCAAUAACUUUUGCUAUAUUGAAGAUAGCAACUUCAUAUUUGGCAUGCAUGUGUAUCUCAUGAAGCUGCACAUUUUGAGUGGUGAAAGGUCAAGGUCAAGGUCAUCCUUCAAGGUCAGAGGUCAAAUAUAUGUGGCCAAAAUCGCUCAUUUUAUGAAUACUUUUGCAAUAUUGAAGAUAGCAACUUGGUAUUUGGCAUGCAUGUGAAUCUCAUGGAGCUGCACAUUUUGAGUGGUGAAAGAUCAAGGUCAAGGUCAUCCUUCAAGGUCAGAGGUCAAUUAUAUGUGGCCAAAAUCGCUCAUUUUAUGAAUACUUUUGCAAUAUUGAAGAUAGCAACUUGAUAUUUGGCAUGCAUGUGCAUCUCAUGGAGCUGCUCAUUUUGAGUGGUGAAAGGUCAAGGUCAUCCUUCAAGGUCAGAGGUCAAAUAUAUGUGGCCCAAAUCGCUUAUUUUAUGAAUACUUUUGCAAUAUUGAAGCUAGCAACUUGAUAUUUGGCAUGCAUGUGUAUCUCAUGAAGCUGCACAUUUUGAGUGGUGAAAGGUCAAGGUCAAGGUCAUCCUUCACAAGGUCAAGGUCAUCCUACAAUGUCAAACAUCAUAUAGGGGGACAUUGUGUUUCACAAACACAUCUUGUUAUUAUUUAUAUACAAUGGUAUAUCUUGUUAAGUUGAAAUGGCCUGGAAUGCAUGUGAUGUGGUUGUGUGUAGGUAUACUUCAUAAACAUAUUUGAGACAAAAACGCAUCAAGUUGAAAUGUCAUUUCAGAAUAUUUUAAAGCUUAAUUAGUGACAUAGAAUUCUCAAUCAUUUAUAAAAAACAAUACUUCACUGUUUUAUGUAAAUGUUUACAUAAGAACUGACAAUGGAAUUUUUAUUUAAAAGCAUUUUACAGGCAGCUUUCUACUCAAAGAAAAUCAGCUAAUUGCAAUUCAGCCUUGCUCUGUGAAAACAGAGCUUAAUGCAUGCGCGUAAAGUGUCGUCCUAGAUUAGCCUGUGCAUUCCGCAUAGAAUCAUAAUGGAGUACACUUUCUGCUUUUAAGGCAUUUCUAAUUGAAAACUAGUCUGAUAAAAUGAAAUGAAGAUCUCAAUAUUUUUAUUUUUAAUUGAUUGAUUGAUUGAUUGAUUAAUUGACUUUGAUCCAUUUGUUGAUGAUUGAUAGGUUGAUUGAUUGAUUGAAUGAGCGAUAGAACGGUUGGUUGUUUAUUGACCUAAGUCAGUCCAGUCUGUUUCUAGUCCUAUUCUUGCACAGCAAGCCAAAACUUUACAUAUUUUACAUAUCAUGUUCUUGUUACAACAUGUCUGUGAUUAUAUUAAUACAUCAUUGUUUUUUAAGAAUGUACAUAAAUUGUUUUGUUGUUGUCUUUACCAGUAUACAUUCUGAGUUGUCUCAUUUGUUUGGGAGCCAAAACACUUAAUUUAUGAUACUCCCUCUGGGAACACAGGCUUAAUUGCAUAAGCUUAAGGGGCGUCACAGAUUAGCCUGUGCAGUCUACACAUGCUAAUCAGGGACAACACUUUCAGCCUUAACUGGAUUUUCGCUAAGAAAAGGCAUCUUUAAACGAAAAAUACCAUAAAAGCAGAAAGUGUAGUCCGUGAUUAACCUGUGUGGACUUCCCAGUCUAAUCAGGGACGACACUUUACGAGCAUGCAUCAAGCCCCCUUUUCCCAGAGCUGAGGUUCACAAAUAGAUGUACCUACCGAUUUGUAUCCUGUUAUUGGUUUACCUCGGACCAAGUGUGUAACUGUGUCUUAAAACCUGUAUAUUUCUUUGCCAAUAAAUUUUAUAAGACGUUCACGUUGAUGUUGUGACUGCUCUUUCCUGUACGACUUUGACUGUUUUGUUCACAUAUUGUUAUAAAUAAAUGGUUAAUAAUAAUCUCUGCAGUUGGUUCUUGAAAUCAUGUUCCACAUAUGGUCCCCGCUAUGUGAAAAAAGGGCUAAAUGCACGUUAAAAAAAGUGUUGUCCCAGAUUAGCCUGUGCAGUCCACACUGGAUGGUGUCUCUUCUUAUAGGAAAUAUGGUAUAGGAGGAAAGUUCAGUACCCAAUAAGCCUGUGCUGAAUACACCUGUUAAUCUAGAAUGACAUUAUAUGUGCAUUGAUUAAGCCCCAUUUUCCCACAGCGCGUCUCAUAACUUUUUGUUGGAUUGCCAUCACGGAUAAUGAGGUUUGCAAUACUUCCAUGCUUGAAUAUGUACCUAUAAAUAAACAAUAAGGAAGACAGUGCACACAAACAAUUUCGUUUUUAUACGCCCGUCUAUGACGGGACGUAUUAUGGUAUACCCCGCGUCCGUCUGUCCGUCCGUCCGUCUGUCCGUCCGUAUGUCUGUUAAUGUCGUACGCUACGUCAAAUAUCCUUUGACAGAUUUUCUUCAAAUUUUAACACAAUCUUAAUAUUGAUAAACCCUGAUCCCCUUUCGUUUUUGACGGAAUUCUGAAUUGUCGUUCCAGAGUUAUGGGACUUUGUUCGUCAAAAUUUCGUGAUUUCAUUGAAUGUCCUACUGUAGCUAUAUAAAAAUGUUAAAGUUGUUAUAACUUUGGUAUGCUUGGACCUAGAGUCUUGAAACUUGACAUGAAGGUUGGCCAGAACUAGUAAGUAACCACUGGACAUUUCAAGGUCAUUCAUUUGAAGGUCAAGGUCACUGUGACCUUGAAUGUAAAAAUGUUAAAGUUGUUAUAACUUUGGUAUGCUUGGACCUAGAGUCUUGAAACUUGACAUGAAGGUUGGCCAGAACUAGUAAGUAACCCCUGGACAUUUCAAGGUCAUUCAUUUGAAGGUCAAGGUCACUGUGACCUUGAAUGUAAAAAUGUUAAAGUUCUUAUUUCAUGUUAUAACUUUGGUAUGCUUGUACCUAGAGUCUUCAAACUUGAAAUAAAGAUUGGCCAGUACUAGAAGAUGACCACUGGUCAUUUCAAUGUCAUUCAUUUGAAGGUCAAGGUCACUGUGACCUUAAAUGUUAAAAUGUUAAAAUUGUUAUAACUUUGGUAUGCUUGGACAUAGAGUCUUCAAACUUGACAUGAAGGUUUGCAAGCACACUUAGAUGACCACUGGUCAUUAUAAGGUCAUUCAUUCUAAGGUCAAGGUCACACAAGGUCACUGUGACCUUAAAUGUUAAAAUGUUAAAAUUGUUAUAACUUUGGUAUGCUUGGACAUAGAGUCUUCAAACUUGACAUGAAGGUUUGCAAGCACACUUAGAUGACCACUGGUCAUUUCAAGGUCAUUCAUUCUAAGGUCAAGGUCACUGUGACCUUAAAUGUUAUUGUUGUUCAUGUAUCCUACCGUAGCUCAAAUAUCCCCCGAUGGAUUUUUUAUACGCCCGUCUAUGACGGGACGUAUUAUGGUAUACCCCGCGUCCGUCUGUCCGUCCGUCCGUCCGUCCGUCUGUUAAUGUCGUACACUACGUCAAAUAUCCUUUGACAGAUUUUCUUCAAAUUUUAACACAAUCUUAAUAUUGAUAAACCCUGAUCCCCUUUCGUUUUUGACGGAAUUCUGAAUUGUCGUUCCAGAGUUAUGGGACUUUGUUCGUCAAAAUUUCGUGAUUUCAUUGAAUGUCCUACUGUAGCUCAAAUAUCCUUCGAUGGAUUUUUUUCAAAUUUCAACACAAUCUUAAUAUUGAUAAACCCUGAUCCCCUUUCGUUUUUGACGGAAUUCUGAAUUGUCGUUCCAGAGUUAUGGGACUUUGUUCGUCAAAAUUUCGUGAUUUCCAUGCUCAUGUACUUAUAAAAUAAACCAUGUAUUCAAAUACAAAUAAACUGAAGUAAAAAAAUUA